UUGUUUCACUCAUGUCUUCCAGCAACGGUCUUCCUGGAGUUCUGGAAAAGACGCAGAGCCGUCCUGGCAUAUGACUGGGACCUCAUUGACUGGGAGGAAGAGGAGGAUGAAAUACGUCCCCAGUUUGAGGCCAAAUAUUCCAAGAAGGAAAGAAUGAAUCCCAUAUCCGGAAAGCCUGAGCCUUACCAGGCCUUCACGGAUAAAUACAGUCGCCUGCUCGUUUCAGCUUCCGGGAUAUUUUUCAUGGUCAGUUUCAUUGUGUGUGACUAG